AGAUAUACUGACUGGAAAGUAACACUUAAGAGCUUUAUGAGUCUGACUGCAGCGCUGUUUAGACACUUUGAUAUACGAAGGGGCCUAAAUCACUUCUUUCACAGAUUAGAUUCCUGAUAUUCAGGGGUUUCAAGAUCGUGUUACCCACUGUAGUUAAUGAACAAAAAGGAACCCGGUCUCUGUGAGAAGCUCUGUCUGGUGUUUUCAGGCACAUUCUCUCCAGGUUUACAGAGAAAACCCCUGUCCCUCCAUCUCCAUUCCCACGGCGAGCUCACUCUCUGGCGUCAAGUUCCCUGGGGGUGAGUUUUCUUCUAGAAGAGUCCAGGGGAGAGGUCAGGGGUGAGAGGCAGGGAAUCCAGUUCAAGGAGUGGGAUUCCAGUAAGAGGAGGAGAAGGGGCUGAGCCCAGCCUGGGGGUCUCUCCCUGGUUUCCUCAGACAGCCCCCGGGCCAGGACUCAGGGAGACGGUGUGACAAAGAGCUCUCGGUGCAGGAGGAGAGGGGUCAGGACAAAGUCCCAGGUCCCCGGACUUGGCUCUUAGGGUCUCAGGUCCUAGGGCGGAGUCUGCAGGUCAGUGUUGGGGAGUCCCCGUCUCCCUGAGUUUCACUUCCCCCUCUCACAACCUGUGUCAGCUCCUCCUGCCUGGAGACUCAUGACGCGGCCCGAGUUCUCACUCCCACUGCGUGUCCUGUUUCUACAGAAGCCAAUCAGCGUCGCCCCGGUUCCCGAUUAUAAAGUCGCCACCGUUGUGCUGAACUCAGAUUCUCCCCAGAUGGCGAGGAUGUUGGUCAUGAUGCCCCCAACCUUCCUCCUGCUGCUCUCGGGGGCCCUGACCCUGACCGAGACCUGGGCGGGCUCCCACUCCAUGAGGUAUUUCAGCACCGCCGUGUCCCGGCCCGGCCGCGGGGAGUCCAGGUACCUCGAAGUCGGCUACGUGGACGACACGCAGUUCGUGCGGUUCGACAGCGACGCCGCGAGUCCGAGGAUGGAGCCGCGGGCGCCGUGGGUGGAGCAGGAGGGGCCGGAGUAUUGGGAAGAAGAGACGCAGCGCGCUGCGGGCCUCGCACACUCUUUCCGGGGGAACCUGAACAAUCUGCGCGGCUACUACAACCAGAGCGAGGCCGGGUCUCACACCCUCCAGCUGAUGUACGGCUGCUACGUGGGGCCACACGGGCGCCUCCUCAGCGCAUCCUUUCAGUACGCCUACGACGGCGCUGAUUACCUCGCCCUGAACGAGGACCUGCGCUCCUGGACCGCGGCGGACACGGCGGCUCAGAUCUCCAAACGAAAGAACGAGGUGGCGGGUAAUGCGAAGUACUGGAGGAACUACCUGGAGGGCACGUGCGUGGAGUGGCUCAGCAGAUACCUGGAGAACGGGAAGGAGACGCUACAGCGCGCAGACCCCCCAAAGACACACGUGACCCACCACCCCAUCUCUGACAGUGAGGUCACCCUGAGGUGCUGGGCUCUGGCCUUCUACCCUGCGGAGAUCACCCUGACUUGGCAGCAUGUCGGGGAGGACCUGACCCAGGACAUGGAGCUUGUGGAGACCAGGCCUUCUGGGGACGGGACCUUCCAGAAGUGGGCAGCUGUGGUGGUGCCUUCUGGAGAGGAGCAGAGCUACACGUGCCGUGUGCAGCACGAGGGGCUGCCUGAGCCCAUUAUCCUGAGAUGGGAGCCAUCUCAUGAAUUCAUCAUCCACAUUUUGGGCAGCGUUGCUGGCCUGGUUCUCCUGCUGAUCACUGGAGCUGUGGUAGCUGUGAUGUGGAGGAAGAAGCACUCAGAUGGAAAAGAAGGGAGCUACGCUCAGGCUGCAAGCAGUGACAGUGCCCAGGGCUCUGAUGUGUCUCACACAGCAGCGUGAGACAGCUGCCUUGUCGAGGACUGAGUGAUGCAAGAUUUGUUCCUGUCCCAAUCGCCCCAUUGUGACUUCAGGAAUCUCUGAUUUCUCUUUCGGCCAAGGGUACCUGAAUGUGUCUGUGUUCCUGUUAGCAUAAUGUGAGGAGGUGGGGAGACUGGUUUCCCCCACGACCCCCUCCCCACACUGACCUGUGUUUUUUCUCUGAUUGAUUUUCCUGUUCCAGCAGAGCUGGGUCUGGGCCAGUUCCAUCCUUGUCUUAACUUCUUGUUGCCCUGAGCUGCAACUUCUUACUUCCUUAUUGAAAAUAAGAAUCUAGAUGUAAAUUUGUUUUUUUCUAAUUCUUGCCGGGAGGGAUUGAUGGUUUGAUUAAAGGAGAAGAUUCCUAAAAUUUGAGAGAAGAAAUAAAAGGAAGCACUGAGACCCUUCCA